AAAAGCCAUUUCUCAGCAUGCCAAACCAACAGAAGAAAAUAAUUUUUUGCAUGGCUGGUGUACUGAGCUUCCUGUGUGCCCUUGGUGUUGUGACAGCGUUGGGGACACCGCUGUGGAUUAAAGCCACUAUCCUCUGCAAAACAGGGGCUCUGCUUGUCAAUGCCUCGGGGCAGGAGCUGCACAAGUUCAUGGGUGAGAUGCAGUAUGGGCUUUUCCACGGAGAAGGCGUAAGGCAAUGUGGGUUAGGGGCAAGGCCUUUCCGGUUCUCAUUUUUCCCAGAUUUACUCAGAGCGAUCCCGGUGAGCAUCCACGUCAAUAUCAUUCUCUUCGCCACAAUUCUUGUUGUCUUAACCAUGGUGGGGACAGCCUUCUUCAUGUACAAUGCUUUCGGCAAACCCUUUGAAACGCUGCAUGGCCCAAUGGGGUUGUAUCUGUCGAGCUUCAUUUCAGGCUCCUGCGGCUGUCUUGUCAUGAUAUUAUUUGCCUCCGAAGUGAAAAUCCACCAUCUCUCAGAAAAAAUCGCGAAUUUUAAAGAAGGGACCUAUGCCUACAAAACACAAAACGAAAACUACACCACCUCGUUCUGGGUCAUCUUCAUUUGUUUUCUGGUUCACUUUUUGAAUGGGCUCUUAAUACGACUUGCUGGAUUUCAGUUCCCUUUUGCAAAAUCUAAAGCCACAGAGACUAAUGUGGCCUCAGAUUUAAUGUACUGAAAUGGCUCCAUAAUUUCUCAAUAAGGGAAUGGACUU